AUGGCGGCCGGCGGAAGAGGAAACCGGGACGCCGGCGGCGGCAGCAACGCCACGCCCAUGCACGUGCUCAUGCUCCCGUGGAUCGCCUUCGGCCACAUCGUCCCGUUCGCGCAGCUGGCGCGGAGGCUGCUGGCCUCCUCCUCCUCGGUCCGCGUCACGUUCCUCACGGUCGCUGGGAACGUCCCGCGCGUCGAGGCCAUGCUGUCCUCGGCCUCCUCCGCCGGUGGGGUGGUCGUCGUGCCGCUGAAACUGCCCCGCGUGCCGGGGCUUCCCGAGGGCGCCGCCAGCACGGCGAACCUCUCGCCCGACGGUGCCGAGCUGCUCAAGGUCGCGCUGGACGCCGCCCGGCCCCAGGUGGCCGCGCUGCUGGCCGAGCUCCGCCCGGACGCUGUGCUGCUCGACUUCGUCACCCCGUGGGCCUCCCACGACGCCGCGGCGCUGGGCAUCAAGUCGUUCCACUUCAGCGUCUUCUCCGCCGUCGCGGGUGCAUACCUCGCCCUCCCCGCAAGCCGCCCCGACGUGGCCGGAGCGGGGGCGCUGCCGUCGGCGCGCCACCUCAUGUCCGCCCCCGCUGGCUUUCCCGCCUCCUCCCCGCUCGCCGCCACCGGCGUUCCGGCAUACCAGGCCGCCGAAUUCACCUACAUGUUCACCAGCUUCGGCGGCCAGCCCUGCGUCUACGACCGCGUGGUGGCCGGCAUCCGGGCCUGCGACGGCAUCGUGGUCAAGACCUGCGCCGAGAUGGAGGGUGCCUACGUCGACUACCUGGCCGCCCAGUUUCGGAAGCCCGUGCUCCUGGCGGGGCCGCUGGUGUCGGACCCGCCCCAAGGGGAGCUGGACGAGCGCUGGGCCACCUGGCUGUCCGCGUUCCCAGACGGCGCCGUCGUGUUCGCGUCGUUCGGCAGCGAGACGUUCCUGCCGCCCUCCGCGACGACGGAGCUCCUCCUGGGCCUCGAGGCCACCGGCCGCCCGUUCCUCGCCGUGUUCAACUCCCCGGACGGAGAAGCGGUCGUCCCGCCGCUGGGGUUCGCGGAGAGGGUGGCAGGUAGGGGCGUGCUGUGCUCCGGCUGGGUGCAGCAGCAGCACAUCCUGCGCCACCGGAGCGUGGGGUGCUACGUCACCCACGCCGGCUUCAGCUCUGUCGUGGAGGGGCUCGUCGCCGGCUGCCGCCUCGUGCUGCUGCCCAUGAAGGGCGACCAGUACCUCAACGCGGCGCUGUUCGCGCGCGAGCUCCGCGUGGGCGUCGAGGUGGCGCGACGCGACGAGGACGGCUGGUUCGGGCGCCAGGACGUGUGCAACGCGGUCGCCGCGGCGGUGGCGGACGGAGGGGAAGGGGACGCAAGGAAGUGGGCCGACUUCUUCACGGACGACGGCGUGCAGGGAAGGUUCGCCGACGAGUUCGUCCGGCAGCUCACGGAGCUCGUCAGUGCGGCCUCGAGUUGA